CUGACGGCUAGGAAAUUCAACAUGGCGUCCUCUAAGUAUGUACACACGUGUGCUGGGCAUUGAACCUAUUGCUGACGUGAUAGUAUAGCGAGCACGUUACAUCAGGUGUUAUAGGAAGCGCCUGCUGCUGGUUCUGAGAAGCCUUCCACGGAGCCGCCAUCAUGUCCGGCAGAAAUAACAACAAGCUGCCGACUAACCUGCCGCAGCUGCAGAACCUGAUAAAGAGGGACCCGUCCUCAUACACGGAGGAGUUUUUACAGCAGUACAAGCACUUUCAGUCCGUCAUUGAGGUGUUCAAGCUGCGACCAGACCGACCUAACAAGGAUUUGGCUACGUUGGUCAUGUUUAUGGCACAGACUGCACACUGUUAUCCAGAGCAUCUCCAGGAUUUCCCUCAGCAGAUGAAAUCCAUCCUGUCUUCACAACACACAGUCAUGGAUCCAGAUCUCAGAAUGACUUUAUGCAAAGCUCUGGUUUUGCUGCGAAACAAGGAUUUAAUAAGCCCUUCAGUCCUUCUUGAACUCUUCUUUGAACUUUUGAGAUGUCACGAUAAACUCCUAAGGAAGACCUUAUACACUCACAUUGUGACAGACAUCAAAAAUAUAAAUGCCAAACAUAAAAACAACAAAGUGAACACGACUCUGCAGAACUUUAUGUAUACAAUGCUUAGAGACAGCAACACAGUAGCUGCGAAGAUGUCACUGGAUGUCAUGAUAGAGCUAUACAGAAGAAAUAUCUGGAAUGAUGCUAAAACAGUGAAUGUUAUAACAACCGCCUGUUUUUCUAAAGUCGCCAAGAUCUUGGUUGCUGCCUUGCAAUUCUUCCUGGGAAAAGAUGAUGUGAAGAAUGACAGUGACUCAGAGUCAGAGGAUGAAGGACCAACUGCAAGAGACUUAAUGGUGAGGUACGCCACCGGGAAAAAGAAUACAAAGAGCAAGAAGAAACUGGAGAAAGCCAUGAAAGUCUUAAAGAAACAUAAAAAGAAGAGACGGCCAGAGGUAUUCAACUUUUCGGCAAUUCAUCUGGUGCAUGACCCUCAAGAAUUUGCAGAAAAACUUUUAAAGGAGUUGGAGAAAUCCAAAGAACGAUUUGAAGUCAAGAUGAUGCUUAUGGACCUCAUCUCCAGGCUUGUUGGAAUCCAUGAACUAUUUCUUUUUAACUUCUACCCAUUUAUACAAAGAUUUCUGCAGCCGCACCAAAGAGAUGUAACGAAGAUCCUCUUGUUUGCUGCUCAAUCCACUCAUAACCUGGUGCCUCCAGAGAUUGGCGAGUCUUUGCUGAUGACUAUUGCUAAUAACUUUGUUACUGACAGAAAUUCAGGAGAGGUGAUGACUGUUGGUCUAAAUGCCAUCAAGGAACUAACUGCCCGGUGUCCUUUAGCAAUGAAAGUAGAGCUGUUGCAAGAUCUGUCACAGUAUAAGACCCACAAGGAUAAAAACGUUUCUAUGUCUGCCAGAGCACUGAUACAGCUCUUCCGUACUCUAAACCCUCAAAUGCUGCAGAAGAAGUUCCGGGGUAAACCAACAGAAGCAUCUACAGAGGCAACAAUUCAUGCAUAUGGAGAGUUGGUUGCAAAAGACUAUAUUCCUGGAGCUGAGGUGUUGGAAGUUGAAAAAAAAGCUAUGGAAGAGGAAGGGGAAGAUGAUGGCUGGGAAAGUGCAAGCCUUAGUGGUGAUGAUGAAGAUGGGGAGUGGAUUGACGUUCAUCACUCUUCUGAUGAGGAGCAACAGGAAGUUGCAGAAAAGCUUCAAGCAAUUCCAGAAGAUGAGCGAAACGCCAAGGCUGCCGCUGUUAGUGCCAGCAGACUCCUCACACAAGAAGAAUUUAAGAAAAUCCGUGCUGCACAGUUGGCAAAAGAAGUAAAAUCUGCACCUGGGAAAGCGGAGAAGAGGAAGAAUAUUGAAAUAGACAGUGAUGAGGAAGACAGCAAAGGUGAAUUGCUGUCACUCAGAGAUAUUGAACAUCUACACAAAAAGCCAAAGUCUGAUAAAGAAACUAGGCUUGCGACAGUUCUGGCUGGUAAGACGGACAGAAAAGAAUUUGUGAAGAAAAAAUUGAAAAUAAAUCCCCAUGCUAGCACAACCAACAAAGAGAAGAAAAAGAACAAGAACUUUAUGAUGAUGAGAUAUAGCCAGAACAUCCGAUCCAAAAACAAGCGCUCAUUCAGAGAUAAGCAGAUUGCUCUCCGAGACUCACUUCUGAAGAAACGAAAACGGCUUGUUAAAUAAACAGAUUUUUUUUUUUUCUUGUCUCAAUGCAAUAGUCAUUCUUAUACAUAAAGCUUUGUGUUACUUGACCCUUGGCCAACAGUUCCGUACACUUGCCCAAGACUUCCAUAUGUAAAUUGUUAAACUCAAGCAGUGAAUACUUAAAAAAACAAAAGCUAAUGGUUUUUAUCUUUUUGAAGAGAUUAGUUUGUGUUCUUUGCUAAGGAAACUAAA